GGGCGGGCGUGUUUUCAAUUGGUCCUCAAGAAAAUCCACUGAACGAUCAAUACACGUGUCGGACGCGUCACAAAUUGUGUGCUGAACGUGGAUCGUGUACUCCGUUAAGGGCGUUUAACUCUUAGGCCUUCCAUAAUGAGCCGAGGAGAAUUCAGAGACGAAGUAGACGAGAAGGAGGAGCCGAUGGUGUACGAUCCAGAAAUGGAUCCCGCUGAGACUCGGCAAAUUAGAAAGCAGUAUCGUGAAGUCCUUGCCACCCAAGCCGAAUCGCGCGCGAACAUCAAUGCUGUUCACGUUCCGGACCUUAUGCAUGAUCUUAGCCAGUUGGAUUCAAUGUUCGGCGGAGUAAAACGUGCCCAAGAGGCGACGCUCGACUCCAAGGCUGUGAUGAAUUUAUCAGAAAUGACAGCCAUGAAAGCGCGUGCGAUGAAGCACAGUGUCGGCGGGUUCGACGUUGAAGACUUCAUCUCAAAACUUGUCAAUUUCAUGGGUAUUCAACCGGCCGGUGGAAAUGAAAAUCAUGAUGGAGAUAAUGAAGAUGAUGGUGAAGUUAUGUUGAACUGGGACAAGAUUGGGUACCUGGCGUUAGCGAAAAGCAGAAGGGCCACCGGAGCAAGCUUCAUGAUGGGUCCAAUAUCUGCGGAACAGAAGAAGCGCACAACCAAAAGAGCCUUCAAUAAGAUCGACAGAGAUCCAUCGAAGCAAGUGACAACUCAGGAUGUUGAUCCAGCGGAAGUGAAGAAAAAUGAGAAUGAAACGGCAGCGAAUGUCGAGAAAAUCGGCAAUCUUCUUGAACAGUCCGGUUCAGUCAACUACUUCAAAUUCAUAAUAAAUCCUCAUAGCUUUGAACAAUCAGUGGAAAAUUUGUUCUAUUUUUCCUUUCUUAUUCGUGACGGUAAGGCUGCAUGGGAUAUCAGCGAGAACAAAGAACCAAUAGUUUACCGAUGUGACCCGCCCACGCAAAAAGAUUACGAUGAAAAUCUCCAGAGGAGACAAUCUGUAUUAGAGUUUGACAUGGACACCUGGAAGAGGGCUAUCGAAGUGUUUAAUAUCCGUGAGCCUAUGAUUCCCACUCGACCUGCAGUCCCCGACAAAGAAAAGUAUCCAUCCUUCAAGGUUAAAAGGCAAGAGGAAGAGGAGGCAGCGGCGAGUCAGGAAAAUCUCGAAAUGGAUGAAGGCGAAGACGAAUGACCACGAUUCAUGAGUAUUCUAAUCUAUGUGUAUCUAUGUUGAAGAGUUAUAUUUGGUCAAAUUAGUCAUUCAUCUAUGAAUGUCAAUUAUCUGGACAGUGCUUGGGGCACAAGAUGCCAUUGUAAACACGCAUGAAAUGGUCGGGGGCAAUGAGAUUACAU